CCUGGGAACCCGGUUUCCCCCGUAGGUUCCGGAAGAGCUCGGCUCCCCGAUCCCGAGCGUGCAGGGCGGGCUCCGGGAGCUGUGGCGAGGUGCUUUGUUCCCCGGCACGUUGUUGCCCCCCGAGCGCUCAGAGAGGCCCGGGUCCAGGUGCCGCGCGUGCGGGGGGACCCGCGGAGGCUGAGCACGGGUGCGGUCGCUGCAGCCCGAGCUCCCGCGCCCUGCGUAGCUUCGGGAGGUCUUCGGCUGCUGCGGCUCCCGGGCGGUCCCUGCGAGGUGGGCACAACGACUGCCUAGGCGGCGCGAUGCGGAGCCUGCCCGGGAGCCCGAGAAGGGAAAGCGAAAGCCGCGCGCGGGGUCGCUGACCGAGAGGACUCGGCGCCUCUUCCCGACUGCCUUCGGCUGCCGGUCCUGCUGCACCCGGCGCGCCGUGACCAUGGCCAUCGCCCACCUGGCCACGGAGUACGUGUUCUCGGACUUCUUGCUGAAGGAGCCCACCGAGCCCAAGUUCAAGGGGCUGCGGCUGGAGCUGGCGGUGGACAAGAUGGUCACGUGCAUUGCCGUGGGUCUACCUCUGCUGCUCAUCUCGCUGGCCUUCGCUCAGGAGAUCUCCAUCGGUACCCAGAUAAGCUGCUUCUCCCCAAAUUCUUUCUCCUGGCGGCAGGCCGCCUUUGUGGAUUCAUACUGCUGGGCAGCUGUACAACAGAAGAGCUCCCUGCAAAGCGAGUCUGGAAGCCUCCCACUGUGGCUGCACAAGUUCUUCCCCUACAUCCUCCUGCUGUUCGCCAUCCUCCUGUACCUGCCCCCGCUCUUCUGGCGCUUCGCAGCGGCUCCACACCUCUGCUCAGACCUGAAGUUUAUCAUGGAAGAGCUCGACAAAGUCUACAACCGGGCCAUCAAGGCUGCCAAGAGCGCUCGGGACUUGGACCUGAGGGACGGGCCUGGACCCCCGGGAGUGAAUGAGAAUGUGGGGCAAAGUCUAUGGGAAAUAUCUGAAAGCCACUUCAAGUACCCAAUCGUGGAGCAGUACUUGAAAACAAAGAAGAACUCAAGUCAUUUAAUUGUGAAAUAUAUUAGCUGCCGGCUGGUGACGUUCGUGGUCAUACUGCUGGCGUGCGUCUACCUGAGCUAUUACUUCAGUCUCUCCUCGCUCUCGGACGAGUUUCUGUGCAGCAUCAAGUCGGGCGUCCUGAGAAACGACACCACCAUCCCCAACCACUUCCAGUGCAAGCUGAUCGCUGUGGGCAUCUUCCAGCUGCUCAGCUUCAUCAACCUUAUGGUGUACGCUCUGCUGGCUCCCGUGGUCGUCUACACGCUCUUUGUCCCCUUCCGGCAGAAGACGGACGUUCUCAAAGUGUACGAAAUCCUGCCCACCUUCGAUGUUCUACACUUCAAGUCGGAAGGCUACAACGACCUGAGCCUCUACAACCUCUUUCUGGAAGAGAACAUAAGCGAGCUCAAGUCCUACAAGUGUCUCAAGGUGCUGGAGAACAUUAAAAGCAACGGGCAGGGCAUCGACCCCAUGCUGCUCCUCACCAACCUGGGCAUGAUUAAGAUGGACGUCAUCGAUGGAAAAGUUUCCAUGUCCUUAGAGACCAAGGAAGAGGACCCGGCGGGCCAGACAGCCGCCUUCAAAGAUUUGGACCUGAGCAGUGAGACCACCACACGCAGUGAAGAGAAGAACUCUCGCCAGAGACUUCUGAAUUCAUCGUGCUAAGGCGUCACUUGUGGAUGCCAAGCCUGUGUCUUCUGUGGUGACGUACCCCUGUUGGAGCCGUAGCUGGUUGGCAGUAGCUGUUUCUGGUGUCGA